CCGUAGCGAUCGGACGUGUAGAGCUUAAAGCUUAUUUUUGUGCGUAACUUUAAAAUUGUGUAUUACGUGUUGUGUUUUAAAAAAUAUUGUUAAGUUUAUGUGAUUUGUCGUGGAUGUUUCAUGCUAAUUGGUGAGUUUUAAGGAUAAGCACGGUGUUGACUACUAAGCUACGAAGGCCGUCUGCAUAUAUCCGCAAUAAAAGAAAUGGGCGGUCAUUUCCCCUCAUGAGAUAAUAGUGCAAAGGCAUGGAUGGACCGUAGAAUGCGCGUCUCUUCGGCGCUCUUAAUCUUCAUCGCCACAUUGUCUGUGAUAGCUGCCUUCGUGCCUGGAGCUGAUGGGCCAGUGUCAAGGCAGGAUGCUCUGGAAGGCGGGAACACCACGUUGUAUUGUGACUCAACUCCAGAUACGUCUGAUGAUGAAUUGAUGCUCCUUGUCUGGUAUAAGGACAAUUCACCAAUUUACAGCUAUGACGCCCGUACCGGAACUAAGUGGUCGAGUAUCUCCUUCAACACCAGCAACAGGCUGCAGGCGGAUAUACAUCAGCAGCCCACUAGCCUUUUGAUAACUGACUUGAGAGGGGAUGACCAGGCACUCUACCAUUGCCGUGUGGACUUCUUACUAGCACCCACCAGAAAUGUUGGCGUAAAUUUAACUGUUAUUGUGUUACCAAGUCAACCGUUUUUUCUGGACGAAUUAGGGAACAAAGUUGAGAAUAAAAUUGGCCCGUAUCACGAAGGUGACACUUUGGUGUUAAGUUGUCUCGUUAUUGGAGGCAGACCUCCACCUCGUAUUAGUUGGUACUCCGGCGAGGAUCUAGUGGACGCAUCAGACGGUGUCAGCGACAUACCUGGGGUGAGGGAGAACGAACUCUAUCUGCCUCUCACUCGGGACAACGCUCGGUCUCUCUCUUGCAGGGCAAGCAACACGCAUCUAACACAACCUGUGAUAUCUGGUCUUAAGAUUGAAUUAUAUUUGCCUGCCUUCAAUGUUUCAAUACACUGGGUUCGUGGAACCAAUGGUGAUGCUUUGCAGGCCGGCAAAACCGCGGUCGCGAGGUGUAUAGCACAUGGGUCCUACCCGUCCCCGGAUAUUAUUUGGUGGCUGGACCAUCGACACUUGUCACAGCAUAGUAAUCAGAGCGUCAUUAACUCGUCCCGUACGGCUGUGUCGUAUUUAGAAUUAACGCCAUCUCUCGGCGACCACGGCGCAACGCUUGCUUGCAUCGCAACGAACAAUGCAAUGGCGCCUGACAGAAAUUCCAAAGCUGAUGUGGUUGUGUUAAAUGUUACCUAUAGUCCAUUAGUAGAAGUAAUAAAAGAUGGAGAUGGAAGACUGAAUGAGGUUUCAGAACUGGACACUUUGCAUUUGACGUGCGAGACGAAGGCAAACCCACCGGUUGACAAUUAUACAUGGUAUUUUAAUAAUAUAGAAAUAAAAUCAAAUAGUAUAUGGGGAAGCCAAACCAAAGCCCAGAGUCUGACAAUAGUUGAGACUGAGAGGAAGCAUGCGGGACAAUACUCUUGUGCAGCCGCUAACGGCGUCGGUGAAACCAGAUCUGAAGCGAUUACCAUUAUUGUUUAUUAUCCUCCCGAAUGCACAAAUAGUGGGAUCACAUUGGUCAAAGAAACUCUCAAAUGCAGCGUACGAGGUUUACCAGAACCAGAUACGUUUUUCUGGCACAUUCAAACAUCUGGCGAAGAUGUACAGCACCUUACAACUGGCUCAGCCAUUCUUCCCUUAAGCCAGCUAACGGGAAGCCUUUCAGGGCUUCUGGAUGCCAGUUGUGAAGCUGGUAAUGGCGUGGCAUCCCAGGAGAAGCCGUGUAAGAAGGUCUUUUCGCUGGAACAGCUAAGACCACCACAACCGCAGCAGUGUGACUUGGCCUAUGAGUAUGAGGAGUUUCAAAUGCGAUGUGUGCCAGUGGAAAAUGCAACCUACUAUGAAGUAUCAGUCUGGAGAAUAUCCACAUCCAACGCCUCAAUGUACUUGGAGAAGCGUGGUUCUAUGGGGUUUGGAGUAAGCCAAGCGCUGGCUCAAGGCGGUGGAGUCCCUUGGCUGGUGAGAGGUCCUCUCGGUACCCUGAAAAUGGGUGACGAGGCUGCAGCAUCAGCUUGCAACAGAUAUGGAUGCUCAAGAGCUCUGCUUUUAAAACCAACUGAAAAUUUACUAGACGCAGCAGAAACACCGUGGUGGAAAUAUAAGGACGUCGGAAUCUCAAUAGGUGCCCUACUUCUGGUUAUCGUCUUCAUAACCUCCACGGUACUUCUGGUGCGGCUGAUUCAAAGAUCCAGACGUAAGCCAGUCCCUGUUAUACAGGUCUUGCAGCUGGAUGAUGUCGCAAGAGAUUACUUGGAUACUAUAGGAGAACAUAAAAUCCAAGCAUCGCGAAGUCUUCGAUCCUGCAGUAGUGGAUACUCGGACGGUUCCACCGAGUCGGGGCCCCCCGUAGACCGACGAUCUAAGGCACGACUGAAUUGGGAGUGGGAGCCUCCACCUCCAGAUGUCACUUUAACCCUUCAUAGGGAAAGUGCUGUUUAGUGUCAAAACAUGAAAGAGUUUACAAGGAAUGAAGUGAAAAAGUGUAAAAUAUUUUCAAAGUGUCACUGGGCUGAUAUGUCACCGUUAAAUUGUAUAUACAUAUUUAUCUGAUCUAUCAAAUUAAAUGAGUAGAUAUUUUUUAAUUACAUAUUAUUAUUUUACUGUAUAUAUUUGUAUAUUGUUGAUUGAAAACUUUUUGUGGCAAUGCUCUUUUACUAUUUUGCCCCUGUUUUUAAGUUCUACCGUACGAUUAGCAAAAUAUUAAAACCUACAUUUGUAAGAAAAUACGGUAUGAAGGACUUAACUAAGAAUUACAUAAAAGUAAUUAACGCCAAAGCUACUUUGACGAAUUUACAUAAUUUAUGACUUUUUGGUAGCUCGUUACAAAGAGAAUUGAGAAAAGGUUGAAUAUGCUAUGGUCGGUUUAUAUUUUGUACGCAGAUCCACCAUGAAUUCUGUAUCACAGACUUGUAGCUGUGGCGCAUAACAUGGCGUUAUGCUGGCGGCCCAUAUGGGCCUAUGGGUAAAGCUCUGAUUCAAGACUAGGUGCUUAGUAUGAUUAUCACACAUCAAAAACUUAGAACAACGAAUAUCUCUGAAUAGUCCUGUGUGUUCCAAUUGUUGAUUCCUUUUCAAAGCUUCCGUAUAAUAAUAGUAGAGAGUUGCUGUCUUUGUAGAGCUGAACACUGAAUGCUUCAGUGCUUUGAUGCUUCUCGAAAAUUUGUCAGAUUUAUUUCAUUUUUCAUCUUGUAUUUGUAAGAUUGUUAGGAUGGAAGAGUAUAAUAUUGUAUAAAGUGUGAACUUCAUAGUCAAGUCAAGACCACACUGAACAGAAUUCUCAUCUUUCAACGUUUUUAACUAAUUGGUGGCUUAGUCUUGUGAAAUAUUAUUAACUUAAAAUGUCUCAGCCCAUGGGACCUUGUAAAAGAAUUUAAUAUUAU